AGUUCAUUAUAGCAUCAGUCUACAGUCUUUCAAAUUUAAUGUUUGACAUGUGGUAUACUAAGAAGAACUCAAUGAUUUUUAUUAAAUUAUACUUAGCACUAUUACUGUCAUUUUUGUCGACUGUUAGUGGAGCUCGAAUAUUGGCAGUGGAACCAAUUGCUGGAAAAAGUCAUUGGAAUUUUAUGAAAGCUGUGCUGCAAGCAUUAACUGAUGUCGGCCACCAAGUAACUGUAUUUACACCUUUUUUAGACGGAGAAAGGCAUAAUUAUACUGAGAUAGAUAUAUCACAAGACAUACCAGUAAAAACUAAUCUGGGAUUAAUCGAUACACUUGAAAAUUUUCAACAUCCAAUAAAUUUAGUACCAAAACUAGUUGAUAUAUCUAGAUUGUAUUGUGAUUUAAUUUAUAAUCAUAAACAAAUGAAGCAAAUAAUAAAUACUGGAUCUAACUCUGGCUUUGAUAUUGCUUUAAUAGAACCAUUGUGGACAGAAUGUUUAGCACCAAUAGCAACGAAAUUAAAAAUUCCUCUGAUUUAUAUAGUGCCCUCACCAACCAUCAGUCAUAUGGAAAGAACCUUUACUGGGCACAUGCUCAAUCCAUCUUAUGUUGGUCAUUUGUUUUCUCAUUACUCGUCUCCAGCACGAUCUUUUCUUCAUAGAUUUUCAAACUUUAUUUUGUUUGUUUAUGUAUCUAUCCAAACACAGUUAAAUGAAGUUAAAUCAGUCAAUUUUAAUAUUAAGGAUUAUGAUAAAGUAAACAUAUCUAAACCAUCCAUAAUAUUUCAAAACACUCAUUUUGUAACAGAAAUAUCCAGACCAUUUGUUCCUAGUGUCAUACAAAUUGGUGGAAUACAUUUAAAAGAACAUCAAAGUAUUCCAAAAGAUAUCUUGGAGUUUAUCGAAAAUUCGCCUCAUGGUGUUAUUUUUAUUACUUUCGGAUCAGUUGUUAAAAUGUCAACUUCACCAAAAUAUAUUGAGAACGCAUUUAAAGAAACAUUAGCAAAACUUCCACAAAGAGUUUUAUGGAAGUAUGAGGGCGAGAUGGAAAAUAUGCCAACUAAUGUAAUGAUAAAAAAAUGGUUUCCUCAGAGAGAUAUUUUAUUGCAUCCAAAUAUUAAAUUAUUUAUUAGCCAUGGUGGUAUAUCAGGAGUGUAUGAAGCAGUGGAUGCAGGUGUCCCUGUCCUUGGUUUUCCAUUAUUCUAUGAUCAACCAAGAAACAUUGAUAACUUAGUUAAAAAUGGAAUGGCACUGUCUUUAGAUUUGUUAACAUUAACACAAAAACAAUUACAUUGGGCCAUUACUGAAAUGAUUAAUAAUACAAAAUAUACUGUAAAUGCUAAAUUUAUAUCAAAGACAUUUAAGGAUCGACCCAUGUCUCCUGAAAAAUUAGUUGUGUAUUGGACCGAAUAUGUCAUUCGUCAUAAAGGAGCAACUCAUUUAAAAUCUCACGCUCUUGAUUUGAAGUGGUAUCAAUACUUUUUAAUGGAUAUUAUUGGUUGUAUAAUUUUGAUAUUAUUGUCUAGUUUUUUUAUUUUAUACAAAACACUUAAUAUCGUUGUUAAAUUAAUUUUUAAAAAUUAUGUGAAACAAAAAACUGAUUAUACUAUAUUAAAUCGAUCAAUAAUAAGUUUUCUUUUCGCGAUUGUGUCAUUUGUUAAAAUGAAAUUUUCUUUUAAAUAUUUUAUAAUUUCAAUGAUUUUUACAAUUAUAUUAAUGAUCAAAUCAACACAAGGCGCUCGUAUUUUAGCAGUAGAGACAAUUGCAUCUAAAAGUUGUUGGAAUUUCUUUAGCGCUGUUUUAAAAGCAUUGGUUGAACAUGGUCAUGAAGUUACUGUAUUUACACCUUUGUUAGAUGGAAAUAGAACUAAUUACACAGAGGUUGAUAUGUCUAAUGACACUCCAAUAUUAACUAACAUGGAUACAAUGAAUGCAAUAGCAGAGUGGCAAAGUCCACAAAAUAUUGUUCCAAGUCUUUCAGAAAUGAGCAAAAUAAAUUGCGAUAUUCUUUUUGGCCAUAAAAUAUUUCAAGAUAUUUUAAAAAAGAAAAUUAAUUUUAAUUAUGACAUUUUAUUUAUAGAACCAUUAUCAUUAGAUUGUCAAUCUAUAAUAGCUUCAGAAUUAGAUGUACCAAUGGUUCAUGUAAUAGGAUCACCCACUUAUACAUUUAUGGAGAGAACAUUUACAGGACAAAUUCUCAAUCCUGCUUAUGUCAGCCAUAUGUUUUCUCAAAACGCAAAUCCAAAUAAAUUAUUUCUAAAUAGAUUUUCAAAUUUAAUUCUCUAUAUUUACACAGCAAUACGUCUUCAAUAUGACGAAUUUUGUAUUAAAUAUACAUCUCUAAAAUGGUAUUAUGGAAUGAAACACAUUAAACCUUCAAUUAUAUUUCAAAACACGCACUAUAUCACUGAACCAUCUCGACCAAUUAUGCCUAGUACCAUACAAAUUGGAGGUAUUCAUUUAAAGUCACCAACUAAAAUACCGAAUGAUAUCUUAGACUUCAUAGAAUCUUCACCUUAUGGAGUUAUUUACUUUACAUUUGGAUCUGUUGUAACAAUGUCUACGCUACCAAAAGAUAUUUUAAACUCAUUUAAAGAUGCGUUGGCUAAAGUACCCCAAAGAAUUUUAUGGAAAUUUGAGGGUGAAAUGGAUGACAAACCAGCAAAUGUGAUGAUUAAAAAAUGGUUUCCACAACGUGACAUUUUGUUACAUCCAAAAGUUAAGCUAUUUAUUAGCCAUGGUGGUAUAUCAGGAGUGUAUGAAGCUGUUGAUGCUGGUGUUCCAGUACUUGGAUUUCCUUUGCUCUAUGAUCAACCAAGAAACAUCGACAACUUAGUCGAAAAUGGAAUGGCGCUUUCUUUGGAUUUAUUAACAUUUACACAAGAACAAUUAUAUCUAGCUAUAAUUGAACUAGUUAAUAGAACAAAGUAUACCAAUAAUGCUAAAAUUGUAUCAGCAAGAUUUAAAGAUAGACCUAUGACUCCUGUAGAUUCAGUUGUGUAUUGGACUGAGUAUGUGAUUCGUCAUAAGGGAGCGCCUCAUUUAAAAUCUCAGGCUAUUGAUUUAAAGUGGUAUCAAUACUUUUUAAUUGAUAUCUUUGCAGUGAUAAUUUUAGCAAUUUUAAUAGCGUCUUACAUGUUGUACAAUAUACUUAAAUACAUCAAUAAAUUCAUAUUUAAAUGUAUGAAACAAACAAAAGUAAAAUCUGAAUAGUUAAUGAAUAAUAUUAAUAUUAUAAACUAAUAAUCAGAAUAUUAAUAUAAAAUUUAUUAUUGUGAGCUUUGAAUAGAAUUAAUAUUAAAU